CACUUUUUCAGACCGCCCUCCUCUAGAAAGGAGGGAUUCUCAGGACUCUAGCUAUUCAGGUUAUAACUCCUCAACUAGAUCAACCGAGGAGAUCAACAAACCUGACCAUUCUGAAGAAGGAGAAGAACAAGUCUUUGAAGAGGAAGAAGAGGAGGUCACUGAAGAGGACGUUGCAGACACAGAAGAGGAAGAAGAGGAAGAGCACGCCCGUGUUGAGCAAGUACAAGCACCAAUGGCUGAGACUAUUAGGCAACUGUCUAAUCCUACAGGUGGGGGUGCUGCGCCCUUAUGCAUUGCCUAUCCAGAACCAGGAGAGGGGCUUAAUGAUGAUUUUGAGUUAAAGAGUGGGUUUCUGCAUCACCUACCCAAGUUUCAUGGGAUGAGUAGUGAAGACACCAAUAAGCAUCUCAAGGAGUUCGAGUUUGUCUGUGGGAGUAUGUGCCCUAAAGGAGCUGAUAUCAAUAUCUUGAAGAUGAAGGCAUUCCCCUUUACUUUGGAGGACAAGGCCAAGACUUGGCUAUUUGAGCUGCCUGCUGGGACUAUCAACACUUGGGAUAGGAUGAAGGGCGAGUUCCUUACGAAGUACUUUCCUGCCUCAAAGGUCACUGUUUUGAGGAAGCAGAUUAGUGGAAUCACGCAAGGACAUGAGGAGAAUUUCUGCAAUUAUUGGGACAGGUUUAAGAGCCUUGUAGCAUCAUGCCCUAACCAUGGGAUGAGUGAGGGGUCCCUCCUUACCUAUUUUUAUGAAGGACUCACCGCUAAUGAGCGUGGUCUGUUAGAUGCUGCUGCUGGAGGGUCCUUUAUGGAUAAGACACCUGCUGAUGCAAGGGAGCUACUUACUAAUCGUGCACUAAACUAUCAGCAAUAUGAGGGGGUGCUUUCCACUCAACGGAGGGUACAUGAGGUGUCCACUAACUCUGCUCUUGAAGACAAGGUCAACAAGAUGUCUACUCUGCUGUCUCAAGUCUUAAACGGUAAUGGAGGAGGAGCAAUGGCUCAAGUGUGUGGGAUGUGCUCGACUCAAGGGCACCCCACUGAUAAAUGUCCCCAGCUUGCCUCUCCAGAAGGAUGGGAAUCUGUUAACGCCCUAGGGUAUCAUGGAGGUCAAGGCGGCCCGAGGUACAACCCUUACUCCAAUACGUACAAUCCUGGGCUCAGAGAUCACCCCAACUUUCGUUGGGCCAACAAUGAUAACACCUUGAGACCACCUCAAGGCCCAGGUCAGAAUUCUCAGCGCCCACCAGGUUUGUUUUUGAGGCCUCAGGUACCUCAAACUUUUGGUAUUCCCAAUUCUGUCCCUCCACCUCCUGUUUCUAAUACUUUGAGUGCCCCUAAUUAUGAUGAACUGUUGAAGUCCCUUGCUGCGGGGCAACAACAACUUAACACGGCUACUCAAGCUUUGGUUGUAGGACAGGCGACCCAUUCAAAGGAUAUUGCAGAGCUCAAGAAUCAAAUGGGCCAAGUGGUGGAUUUCAUGGGUCGAAUUGCUGAAACAGGGAAGCUACCGAGCAACACAGUGCCUAACCCAAGGAAUGAGCACGCCCAAGCCAUCAUCACUAGGAGUGGACGCGUACUAGUUGACCCUCCCAGAGCCCACAAGAAGAUCCAAGCGGCCCAUAAUGAAGAAGAAGACGUUGUGGAGGUGUCUAAGGAGGAUGUUGAGAAGGACCUAGCUACAUCAAGGGUGGAAGUUAACGUGCCCCAAGCUGAGGCACCCAAAGGUACAAUUCCUAACUCUAGUGGUUUAAUUAAGACUAACCCAGUUGUUUCUAUACCUUUCCCAAGCAGGUUUGCCAAGACGAAGAAAGAUAAAUCUGAUCAAGAGAUCUUGGAAAUCUUCAAGAAGGUUCAAGUGAAUAUGCCCCUGAUUGAGUGCAUCAAACAAGUGCCUAAAUACGCCAAGUUCUUGAAGGAGCUUUGCACCACAAGGAGGCAGACAAGAUUGAAGGAGGUGGUGAAAAUGAGCGAGACGGUAUCAGCCGUUAUCCAGAGGAAACUACCCCCAAAGUUGAAGGACCCAGGGAGUUUUUCUGUUCCCUGUAUCAUUGGUGACACCAGGUUUGAAAAUGUGAUGUUAGACUUAGGGGCAUCCAUAAAUGUUAUGCCUUAUAAUUUGUAUGUGUCCCUAGGUCUAGGCCCUCUUAAAAGGGAUAAUGUUGUCAUUCAACUUGCUGAUAGGUCUAACAAAUACCCUCAAGGGUAUGUUGAGGAUGUUCUUGUGCAGGUAAACCAUCUGAUAUUCCCUGCGGAUUUCUACGUAUUGGACAUGGAGGAAUCACCCCUAAAUACCACUCCAUUACUUUUAGGGCGUCCCUUUAUGAGGACUGCAAGAACGAAGAUCGACGUGUACAAAGGGACUCUCACCAUGGAGUUUGAUGGUGAUGUUAUACGCUUCAACAUUCUUGAAGCCAUGAGGUACCCUGUUUCUGACUUGAAACCUUGCUUUGCUAUUGAUGUAGUUGAUUCACUCGCGCAGGUUUUCUCUGAAGUAAUGGUUGAGGAUGAAUUGGCUCUGACCCUAGAGGAGGUUGUCGGAUAUGAUGCAAAUGGGGAACCUAUCCCCAAGGUUGAGUGGGACGUUGAGGAGCCUAGAGUGAUCAAGACUGUGGCCUCACUGGAGGCUCAGCCUAUAAAGAGGUCAAUUUCCUAUUUGUCAAUUCCGGUUUCUACUAAUAAAAUGCUACGCUCUAUUGUUCAGGCACCCAAGUUGGAAUUGAAGGUACUCCCUGAGCAUUUGAAGUACGCGUACCUAGGAGAAAAGGAGACCCUCCCAGUGAUCAUAUCGUCAACGCUGGAGGUAGAGCAAGAAAGGAAGUUGGUGGACGUGUUGAAGAAGCACAAGACUGCCAUUGGUUGGACUCUAGCAGAUAUCAAGGGGAUCAGCCCAACCACGUGUGUCCACCGGAUCCUGUUAGAAGAUGGCGCCAAGCCCACAAGAGAAGCCCAAAGGCGUCUACAUCCGCCCAUGAUGAAGGUGGUCCAAGACGAGGUGAUCAAGUUGCUAGAUUGUGGGGUGAUCUACCCCAUUUCUGAUAGUAAGUGGGUCUCUCCAGUGCAAGUGGUGCCCAAGAAGUCUGGGGUGACAGUGGUACAGAACGAGGAUAAUGAGCUAGUGCCCCAGAGAUUAGUGACUGGUCAUAGGGUAUGUAUCGACUACCGGAAGCUGAAUGCCACAACGAUGAAGGAUCAUAUGCCCUUGCCUUUUAUUGACCAGAUGUUGGAGCGCUUAGCGGGCCAUUCCUACUAUUGCUUCUUGGACGGAUAUAGUGGGUACAACCAGAUCUGCAUAGCCCACGAGGAUCAGGAGAAGACGACCUUCACGUGCCCCUUUGGGACCUUUGCUUAUAGGCGCAUGCCCUUCGGCUUAUGCAACGCACCAGGUACUUUCCAAAGAUGUAUGCUUUCCAUUUUCUCAGAAUACAUUGAAAAUAUUAUUGAAGUCUUUAUGGACGACUUUAGUGUCUUCGGUAAAGAUUUUGAUACUUGUUUAGAGAAUCUAGGAUUGAUACUUGAGAGGUGUGUAGAAACUAACCUUGUGCUGAAUUGGGAGAAGUGUCACUUCAUGGUGACACAAGGGAUAGUGUUAGGACACAUAAUAUCUGCUAGGGGCAUUGAGGUAGAUAAGGCUAAGGUUGAUCUUGUACGUCACUUACCCUCCCCCACAACUGUGAGGGAGGUACGCUCUUUUCUUGGCCAUGCAGGAUUUUACAGGCGGUUCAUCAAAGACUUCUCCAAGGUGGCUAGACCUAUGUGUGCCCUAUUGCAAAAGGACGUGCCCUUUGUGUUCAAUGAGGAUUGCAAGAAGGCGUUUGAAAAGCUCAAGGAGUUGUUGACCACGGCCCCCAUCAUGUGCCCACCGGAUUGGAGUCUACCCUUCGAGCUUAUGUGUGAUGCAUCAGACUAUGCUGUUGGAGCUGUGUUGGGCCAGAGGAAGGAUAAGAAGCCCUAUGCUAUUUACUAUGCUUCUCGGACCCUCAACGACGCCCAGCUCAACUACUCCACCACUGAAAAAGAACUCUUGGCUGUAGUCUUUGCUUUAGAUAAGUUUCGUUCUUAUUUAUUGCACUCUAAAGUAAUUGUUUACUCUGACCAUGCAGCCUUGAGAUAUCUGAUGAUCAAGAAGGAGGCCAAGCCCAGAUUGAUUAGAUGGAUCUUGCUGCUGCAGGAGUUUGACCUAGAGAUCAAGGACAAGAAGGGAAGCGAGAAUGUGGUGGCGGACCAUUUGAGCAGGAUAGUACAUGAGGAGGACAUCCAGCCCCUACAGGAAACUUUCCCAGAUGAGCAGCUCUUUGGGAUAGAGGUUAGUGUGCCCUGGUAUGCGGAUAUAGUUAACUAUUUAGUCACUAGGACAUUUCCUGACACACUUUCCAAAGCUAGUAAGGAUAAAUUGAAGAAAAUGGCUAGGCACUUUAUUUGGGAUGAGCCCUAUUUAUGGAAACAUUGUAGUGACCAAGUCAUUAGGAGAUGUGUCCCAGAGUCUGAGCAUAGGUCAAUUCUGUCAUUUUGCCAUAGUGAGGCUUGUGGAGGCCACUUUGGGCCUCGUAGAACGGCCUUGAAGGUCUUAGACUGUGGAUUUUAUUGGCCCACUAUCUUCAAGGAUGCAAACUUGUUUUGUAUUUCUUGUGAUAGAUGCCAACGGACUGGUAAUCUUGGCCCAAAAGAUCAAAUGCCCAUGAACCCAAUAAUAACUGUAGAAAUUUUUGAUGUUUGGGGCAUUGACUUUAUGGGCCCAUUUCCUUCGUCUAAUGGCUGUUUAUAUAUACUACUGGCUGUGGACUAUGUAUCAAAGUGGGUGGAAGCAAAAGCCACCAGGACUAACGAUUCAAAAGUGGUUGCAUUGCUGCUGCAGGAGUUUGACCUAGAGAUCAAGGACAAGAAGGGAAGCGAGAAUGUGGUGGCGGACCAUUUGAGCAGGAUAGUACAUGAGGAGGACAUCCAGCCCCUACAGGAAACUUUCCCAGAUGAGCAGCUCUUUGGGAUAGAGGUUAGUGUGCCCUGGUAUGCGGAUAUAGUUAACUAUUUAGUCACUAGGACAUUUCCUGACACACUUUCCAAAGCUAGUAAGGAUAAAUUGAAGAAAAUGGCUAGGCACUUUAUUUGGGAUGAGCCCUAUUUAUGGAAACAUUGUAGUGACCAAGUCAUUAGGAGAUGUGUCCCAGAGUCUGAGUCUUGUGAUAGAUGCCAACGGACUGGUAAUCUUGGCCCAAAAGAUCAAAUGCCCAUGAACCCAAUAAUAACUGUAGAAAUUUUUGAUGUUUGGGGCAUUGACUUUAUGGGCCCAUUUCCUUCGUCUAAUGGCUGUUUAUAUAUACUACUGGCUGUGGACUAUGUAUCAAAGUGGGUGGAAGCAAAAGCCACCAGGACUAACGAUUCAAAAGUGGUUGCAGGUUUCUUGAAAACUAACAUAUUUUCCAGGUUUGGUGUGCCACGUGUGCUGAUCAGUGAUGGAGGUUCUCAUUUUUGCAACCGGACAAUCGAGGCUUUGCUGAAGAAGUAUGGGGUAACCCAUAAGGUGUCCACGCCCUACCACCCUCAGACCAGUGGCCAAGCAGAGGUGUCUAACAGGGAGAUCAAGAGGAUACUCGAGAAGACAGUGGGCCCAACAAGGAAGGAUUGGAGCCAGAGAUUAGAUGAUGCAUUGUGGGCCUACAGAACAGCCUACAAGACGCCUAUUGGGAUGUCUCCCUUUAGGUUGGCCUACGGAAAGGCAUGCCACCUUCCAGUGGAGCUAGAGCACAAGGCUUGGUGGGCUGUCCAGAAGUUCAACAUGGAUUAUGAUGAAGCGGGCCUACAUAGGAAGCUACAGCUAAAUGAGCUUGAGGAGAUAAGGAAUGAGGCCUACGAUGCUUCAUGGAGCUACAAGGAGAAGACAAAGGCCUACCAUGACAAAAUGAUCCGCGGAAAAAGCUUCCAAGUGGAUGGCUACUCAGGCUACAAUCAGAUUGCCAUAGCCAAUGAAGAUCAAGAGAAGACAACCUUCACUUGCCCCUUUGGGACGUUUGCCUAUAAACGUAUGCCCUUUGGCCUUUGCAACGCUCCAGGUACCUUUCAGAGGUGUAUGGUAAGUAUCUUUUCAGAUUAUAUUGAGAAAAUCAUAGAGGUAUUUAUGGAUGACUUUUCAGUCUUUGGAAAGAAUUUUGAUGAUUGUCUUAAUAAUCUGGAAAUAAUUCUAAAACGUUGCAUGGAAACUAACCUUGUACUUAAUUGGGAGAAAUGCCAUUUUAUGGUUAAACAAGGAAUAGUUUUAGGACAUAUUGUCUCUGCUAGGGGAAUAGAGGUCGAUAAGGCCAAGGUUGAUAUUGUGCGUUACUUACCCUCUCCCACUUCUGUGAGAGAGAUUCGUUCUUUCCUUGGCCAUGCAGGUUUUUAUAGGAGGUUUAUCAAGGACUUCUCCAAGAUUUCGAGACCUCUAUGUCAACUGCUCCAGAAGGAUGUGCCCUUUCACUUUGACAAAGAGUGUCAAGAUGCUUUUGACAAGCUUAAGGAGCUGUUGACGUCAGCCCCCAUCAUGCUACCUCCAGAUUGGUCCUUGCCCUUUGAGUUGAUGUGUGAUGCCUCUGACUAUGCAGUUGGAGCUGUUUUGGGGCAAAGGAAGGACAAACGACCCUAUGCCAUCUAUUACGCGGAUGGGUAUUCUGGUUACAACCAAAUCGCCAUAGCUAAUGAGGAUCAAGAGAAAACGACCUUCACUUGUCCUUUUGGAACGUUUGCCUACAGAAGAAUGCCAUUCAGACUAUGCAACGCCCCAGGUACGUUUCAAAGGUGCAUGGUAAGUAUCUUUUCUGAUUUUAUUGAGAAAAUUAUUGAAGUUUUUAUGGAUGACUUUUCUGUCUUUGGUAAAGAUUUCGAAAAUUGCUUAAGUAACUUAGAAUUGAUACUUGAACGUUGUGAAGAAACUAACCUUGUUUUAAAUUGGGAAAAAUGUCAUUUUAUGGUUAAACAAGGAAUAGUUUUAGGGCAUAUUGUUUCAAAACGUGGAAUUGAAGUAGAUAAAGCUAAAGUAGAUCUUGUUAGAUACUUACCAAACCCCACAAGUGUGAGGGAGGUCCGUUCUUUUCUUGGACAUGCAGGUUUCUACAGGCGCUUUAUCAAGGACUUUUCCAGGAUUUCUACGCCCUUAUGUCGUCUACUUCAAAAGGAGGUGGCUUUUGAGUUCAAUGAGGAUUGCAAGAAGGCAUUCAACAUUUUGAAGGAGCUUCUAACGUCUGCACCAAUUAUGCUGCCCCCAGAUUGGUCUCUUCCCUUUGAGAUCAUGUGUGACGCCUCUGACUAUGCCAUUGGGGCCGUGCUAGGCCAAAGGAAGGACAAGAAGCCUUAUGCCAUCUACUAUGCGUCAAGGACACUCAAUGAUGCUCAACUCAAUUACUCUACAACUGAAAAAGAACUUUUAGCUGUUGUUUUUGCCUUAGAAAAAUUUCGAUCUUAUUUGUUGGGUACUAAAGUUAUUAUUUACUCUGAUCAUGCAGCUUUAAGGUACCUAAUGUCAAAGAAGGAGGCAAAACCUAGGCUAAUUCGUUGGAUACUCUUGCUUCAAGAAUUUGAUGUGGAGAUCAAGGAUAAGAAGGGCUCUGACAACGUUAUAGCUGACCACUUGAGCAGACUUGUGAGUGAGGAGGACGCCAUACCCAUAGUGGAGAUGUUUCCGGAUGAACAACUCUUCGGAAUCCAGGUAAGUGAGCCUUGGUAUGCAGAUAUUGUUAAUUAUUUGGUGUCUCAAACGUUCCCUAAUAACAUGUCAAGUGCUCAACGUGAUAGGUUUAAGUUUUUAGCUAGACAAUAUGUUUGGGAUGAUCCUUACUUGUGGAAAUAUUGUUCAGAUAAAUUGAUAAGGAGAUGUGUGCCUAAUAAUGAACAAAAAGCUAUACUUGAGUUUAGUCAUGCUAAGCAAUGUGGUGGUCACUUUGGCUCUGAUAGAACUGCUAGGAAGGUGUUGGAAUGUGGUUUUUAUUGGCCUACUAUAUUUAAAGAUGCAUAUGAAUUUUGUAUGACAUGUGAUAGAUGCCAAAGAACCGGUAAUUUAGGACCUAAAGAUCAAAUGCCUUUAACUCCUGUAAUAGUGGUCGAAAUUUUUGAUGUUUGGGGUAUAGAUUUUAUGGGUCCUUUUCCUUCAUCUAAUGGUUUUCUUUAUAUUCUCUUAGCGGUUGAUUAUGUUUCUAAGUGGGUGGAAGCGAAAGCCAACAGGACUAAUGAUUCUAAAGUUGUUGCAGAGUUUAUAAAGUCUAACAUUUUUAGUAGGUUUGGCAUGCCUAGAGCAAUCAUUAGUGAUGGAGGUGGUGGUGAAGGUGGUGGAGUAGAGUUGGAUGAAACCACAGGUGAAGGUGAGCGUGAAGGAGGAGAUGGAGUAGGAGUAGGUGGAGUAGAUUCCUCAGAAGAAUAG